AUGACGGUAGUUGCUGCAACAAUUGGUAAAACAACCAGUUUCGGCAGUGCUGAUUUGCCAAUGGACAAUUCCUUGUCCAUCGAACGGAAAGCUCUCACUGUACCCAAUAUCCCAGACGCCGACUUCGUGAAUGGACUAAGUCAACAAGUCAAGACUCUACUCAUCCAGUCCAAUGUGCUCAACUCAACGGCCUUCGAAGGUGACCAGGACGGCCAGAAGACAUUCGUCGGUUCCAAGACUGAGGUUGCUUUACUUACCUAUUGCCGAGAUCAUCUAGCAGCUAGGCCAAUCCAAGAGAUACGAUCUUCUGCCAAUAUCGUGCAGACAGUACCUUUCGAUAGCAAGAACAAGUACAGUGUUGUAAUUGUCAAGCUACCCAAUGGAAAGUAUCGCGCAUACGCACGCAAAGGGCGCGUCCGAGAUACUGCUGGAACAGUCUCCUAUGCCGGACAGACUCUACGAACCAUCGAAUCGUCAUAUCGCGACUUCGAAUCCUGGCCACCUGAGGGAGCCGUCUCCCCGGAAAACCCGCUCCACGCAGAUUUCAAUGCUGUGCACCAAGGUAUGACACUGAUUGGAAUCUACGGUAUCAAAGACCCGCUGCGACCGACUGUAAUCAGCGCUCUUGAGGAUUGUCGCCGGGCUGGCGUCUUUGUAAGAAUGGUAACUGGUGACAAUAUCCAAACGGCCUCUGCUAUCGCCUCCGAAUGUGGUAUUUUCCGUCCUCACGAAGGUGGCAUUACGAUGAAAGGCCCCGAGUUUCGAAGACUUCCACCUGAAGAGCUCAAACAAAAGGUGAGAUAUCUCCAAGUCCUGGCCCGCUCAAGCCCGGAGGAUAAACGGAUCCUGGUCCGUACCCUUAAAAAUCUCGGGGAAACAGUGGCAGUGACAGGCGAUGGAACGAAUGAUGCGCCAGCUUUGAAGAUGGCAGACAUUGGAUUCUCCAUGGGCAUUGCUGGAACAGAAGUGGCUAAGGAAGCAUCGUCAAUUAUCCUUCUUGAUGACAAUUUUGCUUCCAUUGUCGAGGGGUUGAUGUGGGGUCGUGCCGUUAAUGAUUCUGUCAAAAAGUUUCUUCAGUUCCAACUGACUGCCAACAUUACAGCCGUGGUCUUGACAUUUGUCUCAGCGGUUGCAAGCAGCAAGCAGGAAUUUGUUCUCAACGCUGUCCAACUCCUUUGGGUCAAUUUGAUCAUGGACACCUUUGCAGCUCUUACAUUGGCCACAGACCCCCCUAUGAGGAGUGUCCUUGACCGGAAGCCAGAUCGAAAUUCGGCACCGCUCAUUAAGCUGAGAAUGGCCAAGAUGAUCAUAGGACAGGCUAUUUGUCAACUUGCAAUCACAUUUGUGUUAAGUUUUGGUGGCAAAGCAGCUCAAGACACUCGUCUUCAACACAUUUGUCUGGUUGCAAAUUUUCAACGAAAUCAAGCAUGUGAUGAAGCUUUGAUAAGUAAUACUUCACUAACCGAAAUCUUAGCAACCGUCGGCUAG